CUUCUUUUGCAAACGUCAUGCCUUCUUUUUUGCUCGUAGACAUUCGGCACAAAGAAACGAGCAAUUUUCAGCCAUUUUCAGCCUAUUGCUGCUUGCGUGAAGGUGCUGUAGUGAGUGACGAGAUCUUCCGAUGGCGUGCCUUGUCCGCGACCUCAAGCGAUGCUGGGGAUAGAGCCCAUGACCAGCCUUCCCUCACGUUCAUUCGCGGCGUUUCGAGAGCCAGGGCCCCGAGUACCGCACAGCAAAGGGCAGCAUACGGCUGCCCGACCCGCAAACACUCCAACGGGACGGCAGAGCGCCGCAGUAUGACAUGGAUGACGUGAGGGAUGAGCAUCCAAGAUAUCAUGUCAAGCCGAUUGGUGGUCCCAGGGGCAGGGGCGGGUGUUGUGGUGACUGAGAGGUGGGUGGACUUCAUGGACGUGGUGCAGCGGCAGAUAGAUCUCCUGAAUUGGCGAGGGAGAGGAGCACCAACAGCAUCGUCAGCAUCAGAGCACCACCCAUUCCGCGAAUUCUGUCUGUCUGCCUGUCCGUCUGUCUGUCUGUCGGUCUGUGUGUCUGUCUGUCUGUCUGUCUGUGUUUGUUUGCGGGUGUCAGGUGUACCAAAACAUCUUCCACUCGUUGAUCGAGCUGGAGCAGGUGUUUGCCUUCACGCUGCACGACCAAGUGGCCGCGGCCGCCCCCAUGAGCGAGCGCCAGGCAGCACGCCUCAUCCAGCAGCUGAUGCAGGCAUAUUGUGACAUGCUGGAACCAGGCUACUAUCAGGCGUAAAAGAGGUGGAGGGAACACAGCGACAGUUUGUAUGGGUGUGUCCGUCUGUGCAGUGAUGCCGACUUGCGCAACUUUGUGUAUGACGUGAGGGGCCGCGUGAAGCUUAUGGAGCCCGGAAAGCGGCGUACCGCAUCGAGAUAUGAGCGCAUAACGAUGGGUGUGCCCUCAGGCAGGGCAAGUGGAAGGAGUGGACCGCUGAGCUGCUAGUGAAGCGAGACACGCCGCCUGAGGUCGCACACAACCCAGAAGAUGCAGACGCGCAUUAUAACGUCCGUGUGUGUGUAUGGCAUGGUGUGCCUUCAUUCAGGUGUUGGCCACACAGCGCGGCCAAUUUGACGCAGAGAAGGCGACCGUAUGGAGCGUGGCGUGAGCAGCACCUACACGCGCCCAUGCCGCCUGUGCGGGGACGUGAUGAGUGCUGGGUGUUCUUCCAGAUAUUUGGCCCUUUAGAUCGUGACGUUCCUUCGUGCAUCUGUCUGUCUGUCCAGGGUAGUGGGGAGGAAGUCCUGCAGGUGUGGGUUGAUGAGUGAACGGAGGUGUGUGUCGCCGCCCAUUGCGUGAGUAGCCAGACAGACAGACGGGACUGGAGGUGGAUGCAUGUGUGCAUGUAGAGACGCAGGCAGUAGGGUGGGAGGAUUGUGUACAGGAAGGGAAUGGAUCAUGGGCGAAAACCGACUGCGUUGGUGUCGCGACCGACUGACAACCAACCAGUUACUGACUCGCAUUCAACAGUCGAC